UUGGUGUCAAUCAUUGACUUAUAACACGAUUGUAUUAUACGUUAUACGUCAACGGUUACAAUUCGAAGGUUCUCAGAUCUCAGAUUGAUUACAGACUGUUUUUAAUUAGUGUUAAUGCCAAAGGCAAACAUAAUUUAUCCAUAUCCGCUUUUCCAGGCACACUUAUCUUAAUUUUGUGAAUCAAAUUUCUUCACAAUGGAUUCAUUCACUGAGCGGAUGAUGGAACGGGCUAAAGCACGAAAGGAUCGCCUCAAAAAUCAAUUGAAAAUCACAGACGGUCUGAGAAUCGGCAUCCAGCCAAAUGUCUCACCGUUGAAGGAACCAAACUUCACAAAUGCUGUUGACUCAGAACCUUGUACAAGGAAGUUUAUGAAUGACACUAAAUCUCCACAUUAUGUGCAUUCACAUGAUACCUCAUCAAGUUCAGAUGCAGCGGUUGAUGGAGUAGAUGAAAACGCACCAUUUUUAGGCAGCAAAAAAACUGAAGAAAGUUCAUCCUUGUCAACAGGAGUAAAUUUAGUUUCAUCAAAAAAUCGAUUGAAGGAACGAUCACCAUUCAGAGCACAAGUGGAUUUUACUGCAACUGAUAUUCAGAAACCUGAUUCAAAGUAUUUUUUCAGCAGACAAGGAGGAAAGUCCACUUUUAAUGUCGAUGUCAGUGUACAAUCUCCUCAAAAAACUUCUGCUCUUUCCUCUGAUAUGACAGCUGCAGAUCCUGAGACACAUUGCAUCAUUCGACCCGGAGAGGAAGUCACAAUCGAAGCGGACCCCCAAGAUAUUGAAGAGGCAGAGACCACUCAUUCAGAUUUGACCAGGCAAGAUGCAAAGAUGAGACUGAAGAAGCUUGGUGCCCUUUACGGAGAUCGGCCAAGUCGAGUGUCCUCUCCUAUACAACAAACAGAAGAAUUAUUUGCUGCAGAAGAAGUUAAGAAAACUAGCGGUAAAUCAAUAGCUCGAUCUGCCAGGCUGGCUGCUCUGGCGAGUCAAAUCAAUCAGUGGGAGGAUGAUGUCAAAAAUGUACCCACUAGUUCAGUAAAAGUGGUGUCAAGAAAAGGUAAAGACGAAACACCACGAUUUCAACACUCUGUUACCUUCCAAUCUCCUAAGAAAGCUGGCUUAUCUCACAAAGCAAGAUUUUCUUCUAUCGCUCCUCAUCAGUUUAUAAAAUCUAAUUAUCAAAGUGGUGGCAUUUCAAUGAUGGCUCGAGCUCAAAAGUCAGUUUUGAAAAACAAACCUGCCGAAGAACUUUUAGUCGAUGGGUUUUUCUCUUCUGACGGAAGUGUACCUGUGAGGUGGGAUGUUGAAUUUAAAUCUCCUGUGGAAGAGAUUCCAGGGGAACCUUCCCUCAGCCAAGCGAGAUCUCCAGCCACGCCUGAAAUUCGGAAAAAUCCAUUACAGAAAUAUUCUCCAAACAGGACAUCGCCCACAAAACAGUUAAGUCCUCAAAAAACAGCAUGGCCACAACCAUUUAGUUCACCACGUUUGAAAAACCCAAGUCAAUUUUCCCCAGUUACUUCCCACACCAGCCCUUCCAAGUCAGCCUCAUAUUCUCCAAACAAGACAUCGCCUAUGAAACAGAUCAAUCCUCAAAAAACCACGUGGCUACAACCAUUCAGUCAGCUAAGUUCCACAAAUCCAAGUGAAUCCUGCCCAGUUACUUCUCAUACUAGCCCUCUCAAGUCAGCCUCACCUCGCCGAAUCAAUCUUUUAAGUCCAAAAAGACCAUCAAAGAACACUCCUAACCCAGGCUUCGUCCUUCAAAAAGCCAUCGCAUAUGAACAAGCUGUAAGUCCCACCAAAAAUAUUGUUCAGGACCCUGCUGAAUUGUCUUUAGCGGAGAGAAAGGCACUCUUUGAAAAAAAUAACAGCAAACCUAUUCUCCCUAAGGUACCUUUUGGUCAACCACUUCCCGUCAACAAUAAGCGAACAAAUACUCACAUUAUGGAAGCCUGCGCAACUUCAACAAUGAAGGUAAAUAAUUUACCUUGGUCUCUCAAGCAAGAAGUCAUAGUAAAUUCAACAAAAAAAGGAAAUAAUUUACCUUACUCUCCAAUCAAGGACAAAUUGCCGGCAAAUAUGACUAUGGAAACUGAUGAUUCGUCUAACUCAUCCAAGAAGAAUCCAGUGCACUUGGCAGAGCCUGGAAAAGUAAGCAAGCUUCAGUCCAGAUUAGCUGUUUUUGAAUCGAAAGAAAAAAUUCUGUGUGAAAAGAAAUAUGACGAUGAAAGAGGAAAAGAAUUGGAAAUGCUCUGCAAUCGAUGGGAAAAGUUUAAAUACAUCAAAGGCAGCACUGUCAAAGAGAAAGUAGUCUCACCAAAAGUGAACAAAUGUUUUGUUACAACAGUACAUCCAAAGAAACGACCAAGCUUACCCAUAAGUGACUCUCCUUCAACGCCUGAGCAGCCACCUAACUCACAGUCCCCUGUUCGCUGUCCUAUAUCGCCUGAAAAUGAGGUUAAGGAAGGAAAAGAAAUUAAACCUAGAGUUUGGAUGCCUAAUGUGUCACCGAUUGUUGUAUCACCUCCAAAACCUGGACAGCUAUAUCCAAGUCUAUCAGAUAUUGAGGCAAAGACAGGGUCUGAAGUAGCGGAUGAAAAGAAUGAUGCUUCCAUGGACAGUCAAGGGCAGAAUGAUUCUGAUUACACUGUAUCCUCCAGCGAUGGCACUACCAGUUUUGGGCGUGAAAUUAUACACAUGGCCAAUGAAAAAAUUCUAAUAGGCUCCAAUCGUAAGAGGAGCAGUAGCAGUAGUGAUAUAUCAGGUUAUGAUCAGAAGGCUGUCAACUCUGUGGACAACUUCCUGGAAGAAGCUUUGUCCGAUGAGUCUUCAUGUCCAUCGCCAACAAAACAACCACGUAACGGUCAUGCGAUGGCUCAGUUGGAUUCCUCCCCAGCUUCUCACAUUCGUUUCUCAAAGGAGGAGAAAAAUCCUGUUUGCUUGCCUCUUCUUCACACUGUUAGCUUUUACAGAAAAUUGCAGAAUCAGAAUUCAAGUUUGUCUGAAACACCCGUCAAGAAGUUUGUUCAUCAAAGUACUAGCUCUGAUUUUCCAAGCAGCGGAAGAAGUGAUGCUGAGGCAGAAAGAGGACAUGUGGAAAAAAAAAUAAUUGAGCUGCAGCAAAGGAUAUCAACCCAACAAACAGUGAUCUCUCAGGCAACUCAAGCCUUAAAUCUAUGUUUUCACACUGUUGAGUUCUCUGACUCUGCAGAGCAGGUUGAAGCAGAGCGUCUCCUACUUUUUGCAACGCACAGGAGGCAGGCUGCCCUGAACGAAUUACAAAGGCUGAAAAUUGAACGCUCACUACGCCCUAAUGUCGUUGACUCAUGUUACUUGAAAGAACGAGGCUCUUUGACUGUUUCCGAGAUCACAUUGCCGAUCAAAAUGGACGCCAUCAAGAGUGCAUCUCGAGAGGAGAAAUGUCAUAAUUUUGUUUGUCUACUCAAAUGUGAUGAGCAUGUAUUGGGGACGUCUUUGGUCACAGCUGCUGGUAAAAGUCUGCUGCAAAACUCCAGAGGAGCCAUGUAUCUUCGGUUUCCCGACAAACUCACAUUUCCGGAGCUGUACUCGGAUUUUAAAAUAACCCUGGAAGUAUAUGAUUUAAUUGCCAGGAGCAAGGAAGUUUUACCACACGAUAUCAAGUAUCAUAUUUCAAACAAGAAGGUCACAUAUAUAAGUCCUCUGGAAGGAGUUGUACAACUUAAAAUUAGCUGUGAGCUGUCACCCUCCAUCGAAUAUCAUGGUUUUUUAACCAUGUUUGAAGACGUAUCUGGUUUUGGAGCGUGGCACCGUCGAUGGUGUGCGUUGGAAGGAGAUAAAAUAUCGUAUUGGAAGUAUCCAGAUGAUGAAACUACAAAGGUACCAAUUGAUACAAUUGACUUAAACUCUUGCACCACAAAUACGGUCAAUGUUGUUAGCAGGGACAUUUGCGCAAGACCAAAUACAUUUUUAUUGGAAACUAUCAGGCCAACUGAAGAGGAUGACACAGAUUCCCUUGCACUUGUGAGGUACCCCACUCACACCCUUGUCCGACAUUUGCUGUCCGCAGAUACAAAAGAAGAGAGAAUCGAGUGGUGUGAUAUUCUCAACAAAGCUCUUGCAAUCUUACGUGCUUGGGGAAGAAAGUAGAAUGUUCUCUUCUACAAGCAGAUGCCUUCUUCUUUCUGUCAACUGGUCUGUCAAUUUUUUGUGUUCUCCACAUUGUACAUAAAUACUUUAAUCAAUUUACUAACGUCACAAACUAA